UUGGCCAAAUCUUUGCAGUCACGUACGCAUGCGCAGUGGCAAAGGCGGCACGAACAGGCGGCCGGACGAGAGAAAAGGCAAAGACAAAGUGAGUGUCCACCUCCGGCGCUCAGAGGCUGAACUCUGAACGCAGAGAGCGCCACAUGGAGGCGGUGCUGAAAAACUUGGCGAGCACGGCGGAGCUGCUGGCCGCGGCGGCGCAGAGCGGUGUGGUGGAGCACUGGGAUAAACAAACUCUGUCCAGAGCUUUUCACUGGGCCCAGUACUGCGAACACAUCUUUUCCAGGUUUCACAAUAACCCCGCGAUCAGGAGGCUUAUGGAGAAGCAGCUGCAGCUCACAAAUCAAAGUUUACAAGCUGCCUUCCCUGGUUACACAGAAGUGUCCUUCUCGGACUUCUCCCGGUGUCAGCACCUGUUGCUUGUUGGGCUGUUGAGCAAUCCUGAGCUUCCCGGCUCCAUCAUGAAGAUACUCUUUGACACUAUCAGUCCUGUAAACACCAAGCAGAGUGAAUAUCAGGAUGUUACUGGCAUGUGCAGCCACAUCAUUCAGUGCAAAUCGGCGUGUAAAGUCCUGAGUCCUCUCAUACACUCGUCAGCUGUUGGUGCUGAUGCUGAGGUGCAGGGGGUGAUGCUGAUGGAGAGGCUGGGUGCUCUGCUGAGCCAAGGCAGUGAAGCCUGCCAGACAGAGCACUUUUUAGACUCUGUCCUCCAGGGAUGUGAAGGAGCAGCAGAACAUUUCUGUCUGGUCAUCGCUGCAGCUCUGCUGACAACAAAAGACUCACAAACUGCUUCGCAGGACUUUCUCUUGGACUGGCUGCAGAAAAAACACAGUGUGCUGCAGUACAUGUGUUCUGCACUGCCUACUACACUUCUGUUAGACCUGGCUAAAGAACACCUGAAAUUUAGAGAUGCUUAUUGUGAUGUGCUGAAAAAGUGGGCCUCUGAUAUGGAGUACAGCAUAUUUGACGGUGAAUGGGUUCAAACCAGCACAAACCAAACCGUGUCCUUCCAGAGACUGACAGAGCACUUUCUGGCCUUGUUUGAGGUCUGUCCCUCUCUGAGGGACGGUGUAGAAAAAGAGCUAAAUGCUUUGAAAAUGUCUGAUGGAGACUUUGAUGUCAGAGGUCUGAGUGUUUGGGGAGACCUCUUGUCAGCAUUAAACAAGUGACUGGAGUCUUGGAGCUUCUUCAGAGCUGGAGGAGAUGGCCAAAAUAUAGCUAUAUGUAUAUUUAUAUCUUGAUGUAAUGUUUGACUAGGGCUGGGUAUUAAACCUCAAUACUUUUUUAAUACCAAACAAAAUGUGUCCAUAGCACCGAUUAUUAGAAGCUGUCAAGGAAGGCUGGCAGCUCAGAUUUGUAUUCAGUUUAGACCGUUUCAAAAGUAAUUUUUCAGUUUUAGUCUGUAUUUUAUUUAGGCAAAGUUCUUGUACGGCUGCUUGGGUUUAGACAAUUUUAACAUUUAAGAACUUUGGUUUCUUUUAUUGAAUGUUUUGGUAUCAGUACCGAAACUCUGUAUCGUAUCAUAUAUAAAAACAACCUCAGGUCUUUUCAGUGCAGAAUACACAUGAAAAGCACACAAUUCUUGAAGUUGUCGUUCACAGAGGUUUCUUCUCCAUUUAAAUUCUUGACUCUGACUUUAUGCUGCAUUUUUUGUGAACUAUAAUUGAAUUAAUAUAAUUAAAUUAAAUUUAAAAUAACUUGUGAACUAUAAUUUAAUUAAUAUUGUGAACUGUAAUUGCACGCAGGCUAACAGAGAAUCAGAAACACAACAUAUUGGAUACAUUCUAAAAAUGCUCACAUUUGUGGAUCUGUUAAGCCUUUAAAAUAUGUUGCACUAGCCUGUUUCUUUCAGAGUAUAAAUACUUUUGUAAAAUUUAAUCCAUGCACCCUGUAAUAAGGAAGUUAUUUUAUUUAUCUCAGUACAAUUGGAUAUUUGUUAAAGAUACACAUCUUGCAGAGUUUGGACAGAUGGUAGCAUCGCAUGCUGCUUUGUAAUCAGUAGCAGCACGUGACCGGACUGAAUUAAGUUGAAAGUAAUUGUCAGGCAAUGAAUAGUUUACACUUUUAUAAAUAGGUCUCUGGAGAUUCAAGGCUUCAUUUAGCAUGAUAAAUUCCACCUUACUACCAAUUAAUUAUAGAUGUGCUUUUUAAAAAUCAUUCUGUAGCAGUUGAUUUGUGAGGUCCUGAAAAAAUAAUCUUAACUUGAUUUAAAGACCUGCUAGUAAAUUGUUGGGGAUAUAAAGAAAUUGCAAUAAGCAAAAAGAGCAAAAGCUUUGUGUAAUCAAAUUGACCUGUUUCUAACUAUAUACACCUAAAAUCAUUUUCAGCUUCUCACACACCAUCUGUCAGUAUUGCUUUUUCACCACAAAGCUGCACUCGGUCUGAAUAAAAACAAUUUGACUGGCUUAAUGCCAGUCAUGUGACUAGACUGCCAAUUCACACAUCUCAGACCUCGCUCAUGUGUCACAGCACCUCUGCGGCGAGGGAUCAGUUAGUCAGAUCUGGCGUCUUCAAUCAAACCCUCCACAAUAGCUGGUGUGUGACAUAACUCUGGCAGAGAGCGGAUUAGAGACCCGGCCGCUGUGUGGAGGGAAACACCAACACGGCCACGGCUCGUUUAACACACCGUGAAAGCAAUUCACGUAGAGACAGACAAGGGUCACUGAGUAAGAGGCAGCAUGUACACAACCAAUUUAUUUCCAGCCAAUGAGGAACAUAUGUAUUUGGCUGGAUGGAAACCAACAAUGAUUGAAGGGAUCUCACCUGCUCCUGUGUUUAUAAAUGCAUGCAAAUUCAUUUAAUUUAGAUCAUGUUAAUGUAGCUCAGAUUUUAACCAGUCGGUAUUGAAGAAUGUGAGAUAUAAAUAAUUUGUGGACAAAUAAAGGGACAUUUCAUCCUUUACAUGUUACCAAGCAGCACAUUAUCAUUUAGCCUCUGGGACUGAACACUGACAGAUUAUUAAAAUUUUUCGAUUCUGUGUUUCUCACUCUUCUUCACAGCCUUACACAUAACUGGCAGAGUAGGUAAGCAACCAUGGCGAUGAUUCAGAUUGUGUUACUGAUGAUUCAGAUGGUGUUACUGUCUGACUCCAAAUGAGAAGCCUACAAGAAAAGCAACACACCACAAUUUAGUCAUAUGUCUGUAUCUAAAUCUAUACUAAAUGAAAACACGUUUUACCCAUUAUUUAUACAUGUCUGACUACUGAUAAUAAAAAAGGAAAGCCCAUUAUUGUCAAUGUUAUGCCAAAGAAUCUUUAGUUCCAGGGAGCUGCGUUAUUUGAAUAUAACUAACCAUUUUGCAGAGGGUCCCACUUGUUAAUUAUAAGGACCACCCCUCUAUCGUACAGCAGGUAUUUACCAACCAGUUAUUUUGACUCAUAAAUUGCCCUCUGCUCUUAACCUGCAAGGUAAAAUGACAGGGUUGUGUUAUCGUAUCACUUCAAACAGAAGGAGGUCGACACAGCCCUAUAAUAUCUACCACCAGCCCACUUUAAAUGUGUGAUGUUUGCUUGGAGACGUCUCUUAAAUCUGCUAACUAAAAGUAGCAGCUAAUCUCUUAAACAAUGAAUAUAGUAUUCCUCCAAGUGAGAAAAUAUCAUAUUUGGAUGUGAAGUGAUUUGUUUUUUAUUCUGUCCAGUGUAUUACUGGUCUUUGUCAGCGUGGGGUAACAAACUGCAGUGAGACGUGCUGAGGGCGACUGUUGUUCUGCUGCUCCUAAAGGGUUGUGAAGGAUAGUGUUCAUUAAAACUCAGAUCCAGCCCCCAUCUGGUGGUGUGAAUAGGGAGCCCUCCCUCGGCACGUGCCUAAGCCGCUCCAGCCUGGCCCUUGUCUGGCCUCGGUGACGGAUCACAGAGGCAGGAGGGCCCCUCCGCACACCUGUGUCCCACUCAGAGGAUGCUGAUGAUCAGUGGCCACCAUCAUCAGGCAUGCACUGAGGAAGGGGGAUUGAUGCUUUAAUUUGUUUUUUUCGCAAGUGAAGCUGUGAGGAAAAGAUGGACGUUUUAAUAUGACAGGAGAAGUGUAAUGUCUCCACUGAAUCAUGAAAUGUUGGUGCAGCUUGUUCAAGAUUUUUUUUAUUGUCAUUCCUUCAUGUAUUUGCAUACAUAAAAAAACAAAACAAAAUGUUCCCCGAAGUGCCAGUUGUUAGUAAAAACAAUAUCCAUCAUAAAAAUAAAUAAAUUAGAAUGUAUGGCUAAGAAAUAUCAGUUAGAAAGAGCUCAUCGAGACGUAGACAAACAGAAAUUACUGCUCUGUGAAGAACAGGAUGAAAGAAAUUCACAUCGUCCGCUCCAGGACGUCCCAUUAAAACUGCGCUGUCAGACACUCCAACGAGGUGCUGUGGUUGCAGAAACACUGCUGUAUUUUGGCACAUGCGAAGAAAAAAAACAGUGGCUACUGUACAUAUUGGUAAAACUAAAAAGAAUCAAACAAAGCAGAGCUGCAUUGAUUAGAUGAUUAAUCGGUUAGUCGAUCGUCAGAAAAUUAAUCAGCAACCGUUUUGAUAGUCGAUUGAUUGUUUAAGUUAUUGUUAAAGUAAAAAAUCCAAACAUUCUCUUGUUUAAGCUUAAAUGUGAAAAUGCACUGCUUUUCCUUCUCUUUACAUAUUAAAUUAAAUAUCUUUGGGUUUUGAACUGUUAGUCGAACAAAACAAGACAUCAGCUUGGGCUCUAGGAAAUUGUGAUGACUGUUUUCUGAUGUUACAUAGGCCAAAUGGUUAAAUGAUACAUUCAGAAACUAAUUGGCAGAGGAAUCGAUUAUGAAAAUGAUCAUUAGUAGCCCUAAAAGAAAGGUCACUAUAAGUUGCAGCUAUUUUAUGAUUAUGGAAUGUCGAUUUAUUUUUUUCAUGUGAAAGAAAAAUUAUGUGCAGAAGAUCAAAACACAAUAAGCUGUAAAAUAUUUGCCCUUGUUAUUUGCAAAUUCUGUCCUCAUUUUAUCCAGAUUUCAAAGCAAAGCACUGCCAGCAAAGAGAAUAUCGUGUACAAUCUCA